UCAAGAUCUGUGUUUAUUACAGUAAAACAUUAUACAGGAUUUGGGCCGUCUUUCGACGUAUUAGAACAUUUCAGAAAAGGACCAACAGGCAGUUUGAAUGUUGGAUCCUAACUUGAAACAUAAGGCACGGUGUCAUAAUUACAGACCUGGUGAUGGAUUAUAGCUAAUGUGCUGAACUGGGAAAUAAACUAUCAUACAAAUGCAUGUAGCAGUUAGAUUGGCAGUUUCUAUAUUCUUAAUAUGUAUGGACUGGAUGAGCAACCCAAUAAGCAUGUUCAUCAACUCAAUAAGCAAGCUUUUACUGAUAUUAAGUCUGAAAAUGAGCUCCGCGGUUUCUGUGAACUUAAUGGCCCAAAAUAAUUAGCUGAGGUUGUUGCAGUAUUUAAUCUGAUAACCAAAAGAUGAGAAAUUUUUAUCCUUGGAAGCUGUGAGCUGGUUGAUUUAGAUCUUCUAUUAUUGUGAUAUCAAUAACCAACAUCAAAUAGUUUUUUGAACCUGUGAUGUAAAUUCCUCCAUGACAGAACCAACCUGCACUUGAAAAGGAUCGGUAUAAAAUCCGCCAAGCUUUUGUUGCAGCUCCAGGGAACACUCUUAUUGUUGCUGAUUAUGGUCAGCUGGAGCUCAGGAUCUUGGCACAUCUUGCUGAUUGUAAAAGCAUGUUAGAUGCUUUCAAAGCUGGCGGUGACUUCCAUUCCAGGACAGCCAUGAACAUGUACCAGCAUAUUCGCGAAGCUGUUGAAGAAGAGAGAGUAAUUCUUGAAUGGCAUCCUCAACCUGGUCAAGAGAAACCUCCUGUGCCACUGUUGAAGGAUGCUUUUGGUGCUGAGAGGAGGAAAGCUAAAAUGCUAAAUUUCUCCAUUGCAUACGGAAAAACAGCCCAUGGGCUUGCUCGGGAUUGGAAGGUUUCUGUUAAGGAAGCAAAAGACACACUGAAACUCUGGUAUAGCGAUAGAAAGGAGGUUCUGGCUUGGCAAAUGAAGCAGAAAGAACUAGCACAGGAGAAGUGUGAAGUUUAUACUUUACUUGGGCGAUCACGCCGUUUUCCAAACAUGGCUUAUGCAACUUCUGGCCAAAGGGGUCACAUUGAGCGUGCUGCUAUCAAUGCUCCUGUACAGGGCAGUGCAGCAGAUGUUGCCAUGUGCGCAAUGCUUGAGAUAGACAGGAAUACUCAUCUUAAGGCCGAGACUAAUUCAAGGCCCAUGACUAAUUCAAGGCCCAGGGUGCGGCAGGCCGGCAGCCGACGAAAGGCUCAUAAUCACAAACCUCCCUAACUCCUGCACGGGCCAGAGGUAAAGCGGUGAUAGCACGGCCCGGAAGGAAAACAUGGGCCAGCCGGCCGGCUCGAUCGAUCUUCCGCCCGCUACAUACUGCAGGGCCGGUGCAUUCCCGACGCGAAACGCUCGAAAGCCGUGGCCGUGCCUCGUUGGUUCGGCCUCCCAAAGCCGAAGAUGCCCACGGUCGCCUUCGCGGCAACGAUGCCCACAGUCGCCACACGCAACGCAAAACAUCUGGGAGAAGCGACCCGUACGCACACGUAAACUGCCGAUAAAAUUUGCACGAGCGAGGUCACGAGUCUAGUUAGGUCUUGGAAGGAGAGUUCGGUGCUGCCGGUUCUACCCUAUAGACGAUUCCCUGUAAUUUAAUGGGGUCUGGUUUCCCUUU